GUGACAUCUUGUAUAAAUAAAAAUAAUGCGUGGGAACGAGAUCCUAAUGCGUGGCCACAACUUAGUAAGGCGUGGGAAUGAGAUGAUUAAGUCGUGGCUCAUUAUGCUAAUAGUGAACUAAGCUGCCUAAAAGCGUGAUAAUAACGGCUCCAGGCUCUCUUUGUAGUGCAGGUCAGACGAUGGCAUCUACACCAAAAUAGUGAAUUACAUGUCCAGUGAGAAGUCGUGCAGCCUAUGGCUGAAUCCCAAAUGACUCUAUUAUAUUUACAGCGCCUUGUUUGGAUGUAGAAGCUAUUAGCUUUUAUAAGAGCUACUUAGUGCACUAGAUAGGGAGUAGGGAGCGAUUUGAGACGGAGCUAAAAAGAGAACGCGCCCGUUCGCCCCGCUGAAACUCUCAGCAGUGAACAGCAAUAAACUCCAACCAGCAACGAUAAACAUCGCCGAUCGGCUUAGAGAUGAUCAAUAAAAACUACGGGUUUUAUUUAAUGGGGUUUAUACAAACACACACGCACGCACACGCACACACACACACAUAUAUACAUAUAUAUAUAUAUAUAUAGAGAGAGAGAGAGAGAGAGAGAGAGAGUGUAGAGUCUGGUUUCCAUAGUAACCGAGCAGCGUCUGUGACGUCACAAAGGGGCGGGGCCUUCCUAUAAAUAGCGGGAGUUCUCAGCCUCGUGUUCAGUCGGUUUGUUGACCUCAUAAAGUUCGGAUGUGCGACGUCGUUUAUCCAGAACCCAAAGUAUUCUCAGACAGAACAGCGCGGAUCUUCUCCCGUACACAACCAGAUAAAAGGAGAGUCUAACAUGGCGGAGAAAGCUCUUCGUAACGCAGCAGCAGGUUCUCUCUCGGAGCCUGGUGACUCUGCUAAGUCUCAGGACGUCUCCCGUUUCCUACAGAGCCUGACUGAUCGGCAACUACAAGUGAUGCUAGGUGGAAUGCAUCAAAUGUUCACGAGGGACAAAAUCGCCAGAAUGAACACAAACAUUGAGAAGAUUCUGACUGCAGUAUCACAGAAAGUCGUCAUUCCGAAGCUUUGUGAAGUUCUAAAUAUGGAUGCCGGGUCGCUUUUCCUUGAGAGACCAGGAUCCUCAAACCAUUCUUUGGUGUCAGUCACCAAAGAAGUUAUGAAUGCCAUUGUGAAGACCGUCAUUGACGCUCUUGAUGCAAAGAAAGAUUCUCACAUGCUUGAGCUUCGUAGAAAUGUGACAGACCAGCUCCUGGCAUCUUCAUGUGGGUCUGUUGAGCCCAGCGCUGAGAAUCUGACGUCCAAAGAUCAGGCACAACUUCGUGAAUGUGCAAAAGAUGUCAUUCUUGAGGUCUGCUCCAUCUAUCAAGCCAAAGAACUCAAGAGUGCGUCAGAUUUGUCUUGCCCUCCAAAGAUGAGCGUCACAGAUUUUGUUGAAUGUUUACUAUCCGAGCUGGGUGACACAACAACAUCCUCUCAGAGUUCACCCAUCAGUGACGAUAUCAGCUCUGAUUCAGCCUGUGGUGCAAGCGAGAGCAUGGCUGAUAAAGCACUUAAAAGAGCUAAGUCCUUUCACAGAAUUCCCAGCCUUAUGAAACUGUCAAAUAUGGCUUGCAAGAUGGAGACUUCCGUUCCUGGACAAACUCUGAGGAACGCGUCCUUAUAUGCCAAAAUCUUUGUGGAUGAGCUGUUAGUCCAACUGGACUCAUUUACAAAGUCUGAGGUAUCUGAGGAUGCUCAGUCAGUACUUGGACAAUGUUCCUCUGAUACAUCUCUCAUGUCUGAGUUGCUUGUAGACCAUUUAAUGGCUUACAUUCAAGAGGUCUCAGGUUCAUCCUUUGGAGACGGCGUACCUGCCACUGCUCUGGAUUGUCAGGUACCUUCUUUCCUUCAAAGCUUCUCAGCUAAGAGCUUCCAGAAGAUCCAGCAUGAGGAUACUCGGACCAAGGCAGCUCAGGAA